AGCACCGCCAGGGCGAUCGCGAUAGUGUAUCGGAGCAUAAUUCGCGAGCCGAGGUGGUCAGUAACCAUGACGACUUUGAAGGCAGUGGGCAUCACUGUGGCAGUGCUGAUCGGAUUGGGAGUGGUAGUUGGCAGUGUCACCUGGGCGGUGCUGGCGUCGCAAGAGUCAGCGCCGGCGGCGGUGCAGGAGCCGGACCCACCAGAAAUCAUCGAGCUGGACUGGUGGCAACACUGCGUGUUGUACCAGAUCUACCCGCGCUCCUUCAAGGACAGCGACGGAGACGGCAUAGGGGACUUGCAAGGCAUCAUCAGCGAGCUGGAGCACUUCGUGGAUGCUGGAGUAGACGCCAUCUGGAUGUCGCCCAUCUUCACGUCGCCCAUGGUGGACUUCGGCUACGACAUCAGCGACUUCUACGACAUCCACUACGAGUACGGAACCAUGGACGACUUCAAGGACCUGCUGACGAAGGCUCACUCAUUAGGUCUUAAGGUCCUGCUAGACUUCGUCCCGAACCACGCCAGUACGGAAGCGCAAUACUUCAAGGACUCCGUGGCUGGCGACGAGAAAUACAAGGACUUCUUCAUGUGGGCCGACCCCCUGUGGGUGGACCCGGAGAACGCAUCCAACCGGUUGCCUCCGUCCAACUGGGUCAGUCAAUUCGGUGGUUCAGCAUGGGAGUGGAACGACGAGCGACAACAAUACUAUCUGCACCAGUUCGCCGUGGAACAGGCCGACUUCAAUUUCAGGAACCAAGAUGUCAAAGACGAGAUGGAGAACAUCAUGAGGUUCUGGCUAGACAAGGGAGCUGACGGAUUCAGAGUGGACGCUCUGCCCUACCUCAUCGAAGCGGACCCGGCAGACUACGGCGGCAGAUACCCUGACGACCCGUUGAGCGGCCUCCCACAAUUCGAGUCUCACCAGCUAGGAUACACAAUUCCAUUGUACACCAAAGAUCUGAUCGAACUGUAUGACGUAGUGUACGAGUGGAGGGAGUUUAUUGAUCAAUACAACGAAGAGAAGGGUGGUGAUACAAGGGUUUUAUUCUCCGAAGGGUACGCUAAUGUGUCUAUGACAAUGCUAUACUACGGCAACGAGGAUGGCGCGACUGGCGCACACUUCCCCUUCAACUUCGACUUCAUCACGGACCUAUCAUCGAGCUCUAACGCUAUGGACUUCGUGUACACUAUCCUCAGGUGGCUCACCUACAUGCCCCAUGGGGGCAUCCCUAACUGGGUGUUCGGCAACCACGACAACAACCGAAUGCCGACGAGAUUCCGUCACAACAUGGUCGAUGGUCUGAACGCCAUCAACAUGAUGCUGCCAGGAGUGGCUGUCACUUAUCAAGGCGAGGAGAUCGGCAUGAGGGACGGCUACGUCAGCUGGGAGGACACCGUUGACGUAGAAGCCAUUAACAGAGGUGACAACGAGACGUACAUGCUGUACUCCAGAGACCCGGCGAGGACUCCGUAUCACUGGAACGACAGCCUCAAUGCUGGCUUCUCAACCGCCAAUAGAACGUGGCUGCCAGUAGCUGAAGACUAUCCAGAACUCAAUUUGAGGAAGCAAAAGUAUGAUGAAAGGAGUCAUUACAAGGUGUACCAAGCAUUGACAGCACUCCGCAAAGAAAAAACCCUCUCUCACGGAGAAUACAUCAUCCGGCCGCUCUCAAGCCGGUCCUUCUACCUCGUGAGGAGUCUGCGGACUUAUGACACGCUGGUGCUCCUCUUCAACGUGGGAGAGGAAUCCGACACAAUAGACCUGACGAGGGUCCUCUACCUCCAGCUGCCGGCGACUGUUUACGUGUCGAGUAUACAUUCUACAAGAGAGACUGGACACGUUAUCGAGAGCAAUGAACUGACACUUUCAGCGGGUGAAGCGAUAGUCCUGAAAACUGCACCAGUAUCGUAAAUAGUAAAUCUGCCACUAGUAAAAUUAUGCCUAUUUAUUAUUAUUGUAAAUUGAUAUUUUUAGAUAAGCUUUUCGGUAAUUUAUAAUAAGGAUAUUAAUUGUAAAAAGACUAUAUUGUAAGCUCAUUCAAUGUGAGUAAAUUAUAUUAAUUUACGAACAAUUAUCAUUAAAUGAUUUUUCUUUAAUAA